GCAGAUAUAAGAUAACAUUAGUAUUAUCAGUAUUCCCUCCUCCUCUUGCACCAUUGCAACUAUUCAACCGUCUAGCACUGUUCAUUCGUCUCUCCCGAACUCCGUGCUAUUAAGUUGGGUGCUAUGUACGCGUCAAGAAGGGCAUCAGUUUACCUGGCUGCUAUAGGGUUACUUACGACAAUAAUAGGCGCUGUAUGUCUUGGUAUAGCACCUACUAUGGACUGCUAUGGAGCUGACGAGAAUUACUGCGAAGGUCAAGUCCUGUUUCUGAAUCUGUCUGGUAUAACGUCCGUUGUGUCAGGAGGACUCAUGCUGUUAGCGGCUCUCUUCAUGUUCUGUCGAGCCAAAAAUUCCCCCGAGCCAACCGUGGUUUCGUCCACUACCGCCGUCACCUAUCCCAGCGGAGCCAUCUAUCCACCUACUACCAGCCAGGUCAUCUACCCGCAAGUCUAUCCUCCUGUUAACACUGUACAGGGCUAUCCACAAAUCUAUCCCUUCGCCUCCACUGGACAGGGGUAUCCGCAAGAUGCUCCACCUGCGUAUUCCCUGUCACCUAAUCCACCAGCCUAUCCACCAGCCUAUCCACCAGCCUACGGGGAGCAACAGCAGAAGGGAUAUGUUGGUUAGUCCACUACAUAACCUACGUGGAAUCAUCUCAGCUCCACUUAGUCCCACUCAGUCUAAUCCACUUAAUGUACUCCACUCAGUUCCAGUCAGUCUGAUCCACUUAAUGUACUCCACUCAGCUCCAGUCAGUCUGAUCCACUUAAUGUACUCCACUCAGCUCCAGUCAGUCUGAUCCACUUAAUGUACUUCACUCAGCUCCAGUCAGUCUGAUCCACUUAAUGCACUCCACUCAGUUCCAGUCAGUCUGAUCCACUUAAUGUACUCCACUCAGCUCCAGUCAGUCUGAUCCACUUAAUGUUUUAGGGAUCAGUUAAAGAGUGUUUUGUGUUAAUAUCUAUCUUUUUGGAAACUGUUAAUCUGUAUUACUAAAAAAAAAUACGGUUGUUGUUAUCAAGUAAUGGGGGUAUCAUUAGCAUCAUUAUUCAUAUUCGUUUUUAAUAUUAUUCUUAUUAUAUUUUCUUUUCUUUUUUCUUUUCUUUUUUUACAUUUUGUCAUCUAUUUAAAUUUAUUUCGGUAGAAUAUUCAUUUUUCAUUUUUUUUCCUUUUUAU